CGACUAAUUACAAUGCACUACUUAGGCCUAAGGCGAUUAUUUACGAUCAAUCUAACAUGACUGACCAUUGUCGAAGAGGUCACGCUUGACAGGAGCCGGAUUAAAAUGCUUUGUCGGAGAGUACAAUGUGCCAUUGUCAACACCACGGUGCAGUUACAAAGGAGAGUUGAAUAAGCCGAGCGAAAAUUGAGAAGGAAAGAAAAAGACGAUAACGGAGAUGAAAACCCUUUCUGCUCAUGGUCAAUUUUUAGUUUUUAUAAAAAGCACGCGAGGGCAAGAGCUACACCAUUUUUAAAUACUCAAUCAUGGAAAUCGAAGACCUAAGGUCCAGCUUUUUGCUUUAUUGCCUCUUUUUAAUCAGUAAUUCUCUAGAAAGGUUACGCUAUUUGUAAAGAGCAAACCAUUCUGUCUUUACCUUAAUCUACCGAACGGCUGGGAUGUUUCUUUCAUUUCAGUAGCAGGUGAAAGGACGUUCGGCACUCGCUUCGCGUUUGCCUGCAACAUGAACAUGGCGGCUUUUCUGUAGGGUAUUCUCGCCGAAUCCAAUCCAAAGGCGUUAUUGUGACACUUCUUUCGUGAGAGAAAGGUCAGACUUGUUUAAAGUUGUACGCGGCAAGAACAAGGCAUGUUAGCUAUUUAUAAAGCAUGCAGGUCAGCGGGGGUAACAUAAGCUAAGUGCGACUCGUUGACUGGGAGACUUGUUUCGUACUGCACCGUCUGAGAAGACCGGAGAAUGUAGCGUUUGAGUGAAAAUCAAAUAUCGAGACUCUGAUCAUAUCAUUUCUGAUCAACAAAGAGAUCCAGGAGCAGUUAUGUGUAUACAUCUCCCGGCCAACAUGAAAUUCGAGGACAUUUCAGAGUGGAGUUUGUGGUAGACAUUGUAAUCAGUACUCCGAGCUUGUCUUGCUGUUUAUUCGUACUUUUGUAUUAAUAUGGCAAAAGCACAAGAUCCUAACAGCUCGCGUUCAAAGUUAAUAAAAGGUACAAAAGUCAACGUGGAAAGACAAACAAGAAAUGAUGGAAAUUGCAGCCAAAAGGGAUUAUCUUUAAAACAGCUUCGUCGUCAUUUUGAUGGCUCUCAUGAUACGAAGAAGAAAUUAGAAAGAAUCAGACUGCCAGCCAUUCACGCUCGAAACAAAAGACGUCAGCGCGUCAGAUCACCUAUUCAUUCUCCAGCUAACAAUCUUAAGCGGGAAAACAGGAAAAUCCAUUAUGAAUCAUCAUCAGAGAUCACUCCUGUACGACAAAUGAUGCCAAAAGGUUUCGAAGAGUUUUGGUUGCAAUACAAAUCGUCUCUUGCAAUUCGAUCGUCAACUAUUUUUCCAGACAUUGAUGCUCUGUCGAUUGAGAUCAUUCGGCAGCAAAACCAACCUCGCGUGGUUCUGCCUUCCAUAUGGUGGAACAAAAACAAAUGAGUUCAUUAUUUUGUUGGACAGUUUUAAGAGUUCGCCCGUUUGAAGACUCAGACGCUAAAUGUAUCUGUUGAGCCAACGGGGUCCUGAAAUACCUCAGUGUCAAAACUCUCCCAAAGUAAGAGAAGCUAUACUUAGCUGAUCUAUCUAGCAAAGGGUUUUGGGUUGAUCAUGAAGCGCUGUGAAUUUCUCUUAACCAGCAAUAAAGAGAGAUUUCUAAGAGU